AUGGCUACAGGACGUCUUGCAGGCAAGAACGCUGUCAUCACCGGCGCCGCCGGAGGCAUUGGUCUCGAGACGUCGAUCCUCUUCGCCAAAGAGGGCGCCAAUGUCCUCAUGUCUGACAUUUCCCCCGCGGCGCUUGAAAAGGCCCUUGCCAAGGUCAAGCAGCUUGUGCCCAACGCCGCUAACGCGCGCGCGCUCCCCCAGAAAUGCGACGUCUCCAAGGAGAGCGAGGUCAAGGCCAUGAUUGAGGCCGUCGAUGCCUGGGGCGGCCUGGACGUGCUCUUUAACAAUGCCGGCAUCAUGCACGCCGACGACGCCGACGCCGUCGACACGCCCGAGGCCAUCUGGGACCUGACGCAGGGCAUUAACGUCAAGGGCGUGUGGUUUGGCUGCAAGCACGCGGUGCUGUCGCUGCGGCGCCACAAGAAGACGCGCGCGUCCAUCAUCAACACGGCCUCGGUCGUCGCCCUCGUCGGCGCCGCCACGCCGCAGCUCGCCUACACGGCCUCCAAGGGCGCCGUGCUCGCCCUCACGCGCGAGCUCGCCAUGGUGCACGCCCGCGAGGGCUUCCGCUUCAACUCGCUCUGCCCCGCGCCGCUCAACACCCCGCUGCUGCAGGACUGGCUCGGCGACGACAAGGCCAAGCGUGCCCGCCGCGAGGUGCACUUCCCGGGUGGCCGCUUUGGCGAGGCAAUUGAGCAGGCACAUGCCGUCGUCUUUCUGGCGAGUGAUGAGGCGAGCUUUGUCAAUGGCCACGACUUUGCUGUUGAUGGUGGCAUGACCAAGGCGUAUGUUACGGCGGAGGGCCCCGCGGCCGCGGCGCCUCAGAACAAUGCUACCAAGGACUCUCUGUAA